ACAAUAGAGGAGUCAAAGGCUAAACUGACAUUCACCAACUACGUUCACUCAAAGAGAAAUUCAAAGGGCACGGAAUCGAAAAUAGAGAAAGCGAUAGUCGAGGAGACCAUUUCAGAGGCGGAAGACAUACUCUUGGGGAUUACUAAUCGCAAUCAACUGGCAAGCCUCGUUCAACAUCUCUACUUAACUAUUUGCACACUCAACUACUACAAACGGAACAAAGAUCCUCCCGGGAAUGCGAUAGUCGAGACAGACAAGGCCCUUCUUGAAGGAUGGAAGGCUUUGCUGAAGACUAUCAAGGCCUUAUCCACAGAAGUUCCUAGCGGCCAUUUUCUAGCGGCUCGCAUGAUGCUCUUCCUCAUGCAUGCCUUUCAGAAAGGUUUCCUAUAUGACCUGCAGGACUCGGCUAUGAACCGAGACGAGGUGAAACUU